GUAGGUCUGUGUAAUAGGUUAGAAGACAGGUAGUAGUUAGGGGAGGUAGGAGGAAGGGUAGUUUUGAAGCAGAGUAAAAUCCAUUGCAUAGGAGGGAUCAGGAAAAGGUCAAGGCAAUGGUGCAGACCGAGCCGGUUCUGCUGUUCAGCAAGACGUACUGUCCCUACUGCGGGAGAGUGAAGAAGCUGCUAAGAGAUCUGGGCGUAAAGUGUGCCACUGUUGUGGAGCUCGAUGAGAGGGAUGAUGGGGAGACCCUUCAGCGUGCUCUGGAGGAGCUGACGGGCCAGAGUACCGUCCCCUCGCUAUUCGUUGGCGGAAAGCACAUUGGGGGUUGUGAGGAGACGAUGGCAGCCCAUGAGAAUGGGUAUUUGACCAGAGCCUUAAAGCAAAGAUUAGCAAAGAUGGCUUCUACACAAGAGGAAAAGCCAGAGACUGAGCAAGCAGUGGAAGUGCUUCCCCCAGGUCUGGGCCCGAUGGCAGCCAUUGGAAGAAAGUUGACGCCACAGGAUAUUCCAGACCACUUGAAGGAUCGAAUUGGUGGCCACCCGAAUGAGGUGCAAGAGAUUGAGGGGAAGGCCAUUACUCUGGAGGAUGCUGGUGAAGUUCGGCGAAUCGAAGAAAAGAGUGGGCAUGAUAUCGGAAAAGGCAGUCUCCCGGCGCGAAUGCAAUCCGCAGCGAUGACCAACAUCAGGGAGAAUAUCGUACCAAGCAGCGAUUUGAAUAAGCGUGGCUUGCGAAGCGAAAAGGAGGCAAACAAAGAGAGUGCCAAGUUGGCAGCGACAGGUUCCAAGGAGAUGAGGACUAAGAACACAAAGCUACGAGGGUAGCGUAGGGUAGCACUGCACAUUGCCUUCUCCUCCCAGGGCGUUGGGUCUGAAACUAACUUUUUUUCUUUUUUCUCUCGCAGAGGGAUGGGGGCGGGUGGCAUUCUUCCUCCACCUCCUUUUUUUUUUUUUUUUUUUUUUUUUUUUUUUUUUUUUUGAAUGAAUGAAUGAAUGAAUGAAUGGAAGGAAGGAAUGGAGGGAUGGUGUGAAUGCAAUUCUGGGGUAAAGGUCGUGCUUACGUGGGUGAUGUUGUUUCUGUCCAUUGGUAUGGUGGAGGAUGGUUGAAGAAGGCAGGUAAUAAAAAGAGAGCCUUACCGAGGGGACCCCACAAACGGUGUGUGGGUGCCGGGCCUGGUUCCUUGCAUUGUAAAUAAACUUAAGUCUAUUUC